AUGUUGAUGCUAAAGAAGUGGAGAAGGUCACAAAACACCUUAGAGAGGGAUGGGAAAUGGAAAGUCAAAAGCGAAAGGUGGGAGACAAGAAGAGAUCUGCCCAAGGAAAAUAAGCCAAGGAAUGUGCAGACGGGUAAGGGAACCAUCCAAGACCGACAAGUCAGGCAAAAAUGGGAGGAGCCCAGGACGUUCACCCCUUUAAACACCCCAUGCGCGAAGCUAUUGAUGGAGAUACAAGAUAUGAAGGAGCUUGAAUGGCCGAGGCCCAUGGUAAUGCUACCCGCAAGAGAAACCAAGGCAGAUAUUGUUAUUUCACAAGGAUCACAGGCACGAUACGGAAGAGUGCCUGCAGCUGAAGGAGGAGAUCGAGCUGGAGGACUGCCCCCGCCUAGGGCGGGAGUGAUAAACGUGAUUGCAGGAGGUGGAGAUUCAAACUCAGCAAGGAAAAAGUACACACGUUCUCUUGGGAUCUGUUCCAUCCAAAGGAAAGCGAGGUUUAGUCAGAACAACACUUUUGGCGAGGAGGAUUUGGUGAGCGUAGCCCACCCCCAUGACGAUGCCUUGGUGAUAGUAGGCGACAUAGCUGAUUUUGACGUCAAGAGGGUGGUAGUUGAUGGGAGAAGCACUGCAAAUGUACUUACAUGGGAUGCUUUUUUGGGCUUAAAGAUCCCCCCUAACAAGUUGAAAACAGUAAUCACCUUCUUACAGAGCUUUGGAGGGGCCACGGUAAUUCGAGAAGGGACCGUAGAACUCCCUGUCACGCUUGAGACAUAUCCGACCGCUGUAGUAAUCGUUGCAAGCUUCUUAGUUGUAAAAACUCCCAUGGCCCAUAAUGCGAUCUACGGUCGGCUAUUGCUGAACGCAACUGAAGCCAUCCCCUCGACCUAUCACCAAGUCAUGAAAUUCCCAACCAGCAGGGGAGUCGGGUGUGUGCGAGGGGACCAGCAAGCAUCCAGGAAAUGA